AGACACAACAAUUGUUUGGCGUCUCUGUCGUCGGAGAAGCGGACGAAUAUUUCAUCCGCUUCUUUUCUUUUAUUUGUUUUUCAUUUACACGUGUCUUGUUCUUCUUUAAUUGUUAUGUUGAAUCAUAGUAUAUUACCAAAUUAUUGUAGAGAGAUUACAAAAAGAAAGCUAUUUCAUGUUUGCCUCCCUUUUAAAAAAGAAAAGAAGAAUUCAGCUAGGCCAGAUGCCAAAAUGUCGUUUGUUUGUUUCUUCAAUUUUUAUUUUUAGUUUUUCCAUUUUUUGGAUUAUGUUUGAUUAUGUUCCGUGUCCCAUUUGUUUGUGUGUCUUUUGAUUGUUUUAGUUUUUUUCGAUGUUGAUUCGACAUGGAUGUAGUGAUCAGCUAGUCUCACCCACACACACACGUAUAGGUUAUAUAUAAUUAUAUUAAUUUCUAAUUUUUAAAAGUGACAUUAAUUCAAUUCGAAAAUACGAACGUGUAUACCUCCCCCACCACCACCCACCAUCGACUCUUCAUUUCUGUUCGAACCGUUUGACAACAACAACAACAACACGCAAGAUGUUGGAAACAAGGUGUGGCGCCGUGACACCUACAUGUGCCUUUUUGUUUUGUUUUUUGUUCUUUUUGAUCGAAAUUUCCUCGGCAGUGACACGUACAGACGCACGCCCUAGUCAUGCAACAAGAACACACACACACACGUCCGACGGCCAAUUUACCACAAGUAUCAAAUGAUCCCAAAUGUCAGUGUGACGUGCAGAUUUUUCGCAAGGACCGGCAAACAUUUUUUGGCAACCAGGUGGACGUUAUCCCCCAAAAAAGGACUUGACAAGCACCUAAACAAAAACUUGUAUAUCUCUAAUUGUGUUUUUCUUCUUUCUUUUAAUUCGAUUGUCUUUUGUUCAAGUUCCAAGUGAAAAUUUUUUGUUGUGUUGCAAAAAGUGAUGUGACGGAGUUGUUUGCUGUUGUUGUUGUUGUUGUUGUCUGGUGGGCACGUGAGAUCUCGUCGUUUCAUAUUUUUCUUCACACCCCAUUUCCCACGUUUACCUUCGUUUGAGAAAAAACAACUACGGUUGGCGAUUUUUGAAGCGUCAGACAUUUUUCGAUACUUAAAGAAAAACUAAAACAAUUAUGUUGCAAGACGCCAGCAAGAGAAAUUCGCCCGUGUCUAUUUUUUGAAAGAAACACACACAAACUCGUGACCUAAUGAGCACUUGUUGAUGGUAGUCAUGUUUGUAGUAUUCAUUUUUCAGUUCUAAUUAGACAAGUUCCUGCGAGAGAGAAGAAGAAGAAGAGAAAUUUGAAUUUCGGGUGGGAUCGACGAUGCCAAAUUUUAUUUUUGUUUUAUUUGUACGACUUUUUUUUUUGUUUCAUUUUUUUCACGUUUGCACCGCAAAUUUAGACAAAAAUUUGAUGUUACAAAUUGCGAUUUUUUUUUGGAAAUAUUUGGUGUGGAAUACUUUAAACGUGUUUCAGCAUGUCGCAGAGCGAUUUCAUUUGCCCGUUUUUUAUGAUGAUUUCCCCCCUCCCGAAUGAUGGCAGCCAAGUGAAACAGUUAAUACAAUAUUUUAAAUUAGCGUCUUUAAAAUAAAUGUCGAUUUCAAUUAAAUUAAAAAACAAAAGUAGGUGUGCGAAAAUCGUUUUUAAGAAAAGAAAUCUGGCAACGCAGCCACUCAGAAGACCGACUACAAAAAUGGCAAAACGUGUUUCGUGCGGUCUCGAUUUCGUUUCCCCUGCCGAUAUUACAAAUGCUCUACAAAUCGCCACAGAAUCCAAGUAUGAUUUCGCUGCACUGCCAAUCGCCCAUCCGAGACACAAAAGAGAUUUCUCCGGAAAUUCUCAAGCUCGACGUCUCUCAGCUUUCACUCGAGCUGAUCUCAUUCUGAACAGCUCAGACUGGAGCACGCUCAUUGUUGGAAAGAUUUCUCCACACAUUGAUUUGGAUCAUGAAGACAAGUUGCUGCGGCAAGAAUCUGAGAAAAUGCUGGAGCAAGAGUUGUCCUUUGCUGGACAUCUGGGUCUCCCCGCUGUCCUUGUCCCCUUGAGAAAGAACAACACAAAUUUUGCCAGAUUUAUGCACAACAAAGUGUUGUCUUCACCGAUGAAUCAGGCCAGGUACCAUGUUUGGCUCCACCUCCCCAUGAUUUCCCCGAAAAUUGAGGCUAGUCUGUUUGAAAGGGAUGUGGAUGAAGAAGAAGUUGAUGAUACUUGGCAUUGGUGGAAUAACUUUCGCAUUACUGCAAACUUUGAGAAGAAACUCUCACUGGCCCUGGAACUCACAGCUGAUUUGCCUGAUGCUGAAGACAUUGAUCGUUGGCUGGGAGAGCCAAUCAAGUGUCUUGUGGUUCCUACCCAUUUAUUCAUGACCAACAAGAAAGGGUUUCCAGUUCUUCCCAAAUCCCACCAAGUGGCCAUACGUCAGUUUUUACGCCAGAAGACGCAAAUUCUGAUCACUGGAGCUCAGCGCCACCAACAUUACAAGCAUUAUCAACAAUAUAUUGAGCAUUUGUGGCAAGUUGGGUAUGAAUCAGAUCCAGUUAUGCGAUUUGCACAAGGUUACGAAGACUUUCUCCAAUUUCCUCUCCAACCUUUGAUGGAUAAUCUCGAGUCUCAGACCUACGAAGUAUUUGAAAAGGAUCCCGUGAAAUACACCGAAUACCAGCGGGCGAUGUAUCUGGCCAUCCUGGAUAAAGUCCCGUUGGAAGAAAAGGACACGAAAGUCAUAACAUUGAUGGUUGUCGGUGCCGGUCGAGGUCCUUUAGUUCGUGCUGCCUUAACUGCCGCAGAGAAAGCUGAUCGUCGCAUUCGUUUGUACGCAGUGGAGAAGAAUCCCAACGCCAUAGUCACUUUGCAGUGUCUAGCCGACGAAGAGUGGGGGGAUCGAGUGACUAUCGUUUCUUGUGAUAUGCGCGACUGGGAUGCACCUGAAAAGGCAGACAUCCUCGUCUCGGAAUUGCUCGGAUCGUUUGGAGAUAACGAGCUAUCGCCAGAGUGUCUGGACGGCGCCCAAAAAUUCUUGAAAGAUGACGGGAUCAGCAUUCCUUCGAGCUACACUUCAUUUCUGGGACCAAUCCAGUCUUCCAAAUUGUUCAAUGAAGUGCGAUCCUGUCGGGAGCGUGACAAGCCUUACUUCACUUCUUUCGAGAUGUCGUACGUCGUUCACUUUCGCAACAGGACAGAACUGGCUGAUCCGCAGGCCUUGUUUACAUUUACUCAUCCGAAUAGAGAAAUGCCAAUUGACAACAGCCGUUAUGAAGUGCGGAAGUUUCCUAUUAAAUGCGAUGCUAUGCUCCACGGGUUUGCCGGCUAUUUUGAAACGGUUCUCUACAAAGAUGUGAUGCUCUCCAUCAACCCUGCAACACACUCGCCUGGAAUGUUCAGUUGGUUUCCAGUUCUUUUCCCCAUCCAGAAUCCCAUCAGUCUGAAGAAGGGAGACGUUCUCGAGAUUCAUUUUUGGCGUUGCGUCAACCGCACCCACGUCUGGUACGAAUGGUGCGUGACGAAACCUCAUGGCAGUGCCAUUCACAAUCCGUUGGGUCGCUCGCACAAUAUUGGCCUCUAAAUGUAACUUAAUAACUAAGCAUUGUUAUAAUCAUGAUUCCACUCGUGUCUAGUUCUUCCCUUGUUCAUCAUGGGACUGAAUACAAGGAUUGUUCAAGUGUUAA